UUGAAGGACAAUAGACAAGAGUAUCGAAAGUGCGUCAUAUAAACGUAAGAGAGAAUGCAUCAUCCAUUUCCGUAGAAAACGUGGCUGGUCAAAACCCUAGCUCAGAGACUCCGUUGUCAGAGGGAGGGAGCGAGCAUUGCGAUCUCUCUUUCCACGAUUCAACUCAGUGACAGGAGUUAUAUACACAGCAAUUCUCUCUCUGAGAUUGCAGUAUGGCUGGUCAAAGGAGUGGCCAUGGGAAACGUUCUCAUUCACAGUCGCAUUCCGACUAUGCGGAAAAUGGGGCAAACAAAAGGAGAAACUCUGGUGGUGAUAAAGACCAUUUGCCCAUUGGUCCUGAAGAUACAGUAUAUCGCUACCUCUGCCCUGGAAAGAAGAUAGGAAGCAUCAUUGGAAGAGGAGGAGAUAUUGUUAAGCAAUUAAGGGCAGAAACUAAAUCGAAGAUAAGGAUUGGUGAGACAGUGCGUGAUUGUGAUGAACGUGUUGUCACCAUCUAUAGCUCAAACGAGGAAACUAAUGACUUUGAAGGUGCUGAAGAUCUUGUUUGUCCUGCUCAGGAUGCACUUUUCAAGGUUCAUGACAGAAUAGUCAGUGAGGACAUAGCUGUUGAUGAGAAUUCUGAAGAAGGACCACAAGUGACUGCUAAGCUGCUAGUACCGUCUGAUCAGAUUGGAUGUAUUAUUGGGAAAGGUGGACAGAUAGUUCAAAAUAUUCGUAGUGAAACAGGUGCGCAGAUUCGCAUAUUAAAGGAUAACCAUCUGCCUGCAUGUGCCCUAAGCUCAGAUGAACUUGUGCAGAUAUCAGGAGAACUGCCUGUGGUGAGGAAGGCUCUUUAUCAAAUUGCAACUUGCCUUCACAAUAAUCCAUCUCGUUCUCAGCACUUGCUUGGUUCUGCUGCUCCUACUGUCUACCCAUCUGGUGGUUCACUGAUUGGUGCUACUCCUGGGGCUCCAAUAGUGGGGUUAGCUCCACUAGUGGGGCCUUAUGGCAGUUACAAAGGUGAGGGUGGAGAAUGGUCACGGUCUCUUUACUCGGCUCCUAGAGAUGAAGCAUCUUCAAGGGAGUUUUCUCUCCGUCUGAUUUGUCCAAAUGCAAAUAUUGGAGGUGUAAUCGGAAAGGGUGGAGUCAUAAUCAACCAAAUUAGGCAAGAAUCGAGGGCAUCAAUUAAAGUGGAUAGCUCAAGUGCUGAAGGAGAUGACUGUCUGAUAAUUAUUUCAGCAAAAGAAUUUUUCGAGGACUCGUACUCUCCAACAAUAGAAGCUGCAAUGCUCUUGCAACCCAGGUGCAGCGAAAAAGUAGAAAGAGAUUCAGGCCUUGUUUCAUUCACCACACGCUUGCUUGUACCGACCUCUCGCAUAGGCUGUCUUAUUGGGAAAGGUGGAUCCAUCAUUAGUGAGAUGAGGAAGGCCACCAAAGCUAAUAUCCGCAUCCUUUCAAGGGAAAACCUUCCGAAGGUUGCAGCUGAAGAUGAUGAGAUGGUGCAGAUUUCUGGAGAGCUUGAUGUUUCAAAGGAUGCACUUGUUCAAGUAACUUCACGAUUGAGGGCAAAUCUUUUUGAAAGGGAGGGUGCUGUAUCUGCUUUUGUGCCUGUUCCUCCAUAUCUUCCAAUGCCAAUAGAUGCUUCUGAUAGCCUAACAAAGUAUGAAAGCAGAGAUACUAGAAGGCAUGGACGAGGACAUUCUUAUUCUUCUGGUUAUGGUGGCCUUAAUGAUAUACCUCCAACUGAUGGUUAUGGAGGCUAUGGUGGUCUUCAGAGUAGCAGCAGCAGCCUUGGAUAUGGAGCAUAUGAAGGCUAUUCUAUUGGCCGUUCUGGAUUGUCUGGGUCAAAUCCUGCAUCACGGAGAAAAAGUUAUGGUUACUAAAGUUUUCUGACUGGAACUGCAGACAGCUGAGAUACCUGAAGCUUGAAGCCAGCCUACUGCCUUGUCCGAUGAAGCCUCCUAUCUAAACCAGAAGACCAGAUGAAUGAGGGGAAAACUCAUGGCCCCACCUUGAUGCUUUUGUUUAGGAGGACCAAUAUCUGAAGAUCUUACCUUCUAUUAAAUGCCAUGUCCUGACACUAUAUGUCCAAGCUUUAGAUUCUUGUGCUCCCAUGAACCUGUGUACCUAGCAAGCCUAUGUCCAUUCUUACCUUAUUUGGUGAUUGUAUUAGACACGUUCAUCAUCGAGUUCUUAGCUACUUUCCUUAUGUUUCAUGAUCAGUCUGUUUGUAAGGAUUUACCAUUAGUUGGAUGUGGUGUUGACUAAUUCUAUUUUAAACAAAAUUAAUGACUAUGCUUGAAUUUUCAGACAAA